AUGCUUUUCUCGAAAUUAGUUAUUGCUGCUGUUCUAGUUGUCUCAGUCUCUAGCACACCCACUCAAAAGAACCAAAUUACCGAUGAUGCUGUCCUGCAAAGACGAGCUGCGGAGGUCAACGUAUUUGAAAAGAGAAGAUCUUCGGUGAGUCACUGCGGGGUCUGUGACCCGGAUGAAUGCCAACUCAAAUUAUCAGGAUGCAGAGCUGCUGGCUGUUGUUGA